AUGAUGAAGCACCACUGUCCUUGGCCAGUUUACCACAUCGAAAUCCCAGAGAGGCUUUCCUGCGUCCUCGAUAUUUUGGAGGUCAGGUUUCAUUUUUUCGUUGGUUUUGUAACGUUUCUGGUUGUUUCAGAACGAAGGCUUCAUGGAAAAAAUGGAGACUUUCCCGGCACGAGAAGCCACCGAAGCCGAAAUUUCAAUAGUACACUCGCAAAGGCUGAUCGAUGAUGUCAAAACAACGGAAAAUAUGAACGUGGUUUUGAAAAACUCGGAAUAUUUGAAUACUUAUAAAAUUGGAGGAACAAUUGGAAGAGUUCAGUCAGAAGUACGAGGACAUGUACUUCAACCAAAACACGUGGACUUGUGCCAAACUCGCCGCCGGAUGCUCGAUUGAUUUGGUCAAGAAAGUUCUGGACACGAGGUUUUUUCAAAUUUCAGAGAUCUGUGGGAGAAAUUUCCGAGAAGGGAAUGGGGGAUUUACCAAAAUAAAAAAUGUAUUGUUGUUAAUUGAGAUGGAAUUUUUCCAGUCUCCCUUUCAGAUUGUGAACUCCUUUUCACUGAUGUAAAAUCAAAUAAAAAAAUCACUAAAGAGGCUAAAUUUUGUUUUUCGCAGCAUAGUCACGGUCACCUUUUUUUGUUUUUGGUAGUGUUUUCGUUAGUCUGUUUGAACAAUUAAAAUUUUUUUUUUAAAUCAAGCAUCUUUUUUUUUUUGCUGUUGAACUUGAAUGUAUCGGAGGAGGUGGAAAAGGGAGGGAGUCCCCCUUUUUCCUGGAGAUUAUAUCAUAAUCCUUGAGCAUAGUUCUGCGAAAAAAAGAAGUUUCUGAAUGAAAGAUUCAAAACAAAAAACUAUUAGACUUUCAUUUUUAUUUUGUAGAGAAUCCGGUUUCGCCGCCGUCCGUACUCCAGGACAUCAUGCGAUGGUGGACAAGUCUUGCGGUUUUUGCGUUUUCAACAAUGUCGCCAUCGCCGCCAAGCACGUAAAUUUCACUAUUUUUCUGAGAAGAUGUGUAAUUGUUAAGCCUUAAAGAACAUCAAACUUUUGAUCUUACCAGGAAUUUUGAAGGCUUUGGAGUACGGAGCGAAACGAGUCCUGGUCGUAGAUUGGGACGUCCACGCGGGACAAGGGACCCAGGAGUGCAUAGAAGACGUCGAAGGCGUCCGUCUCGUCUCGAUUCAUCGUUUCGAGGACGGCGUCUUCUGGCCCAAUCUUCCGCAGUCCGCCGUCCAUUCAAAAUGUUUUUUUUGUCUUUUCAACUUUCGCAAUAUCAAAUUUCAUGAAGUUGGAGUUCGAGCCGUCAAAAUAUUAUUUACCAUAUCAGCUCCUCACUGUUUUGGAGAUUGUUCUUAUUUCUUUUAUUUUAUAUUCGCGCGUUCGUUCAGAUAGUUGGAACAUUGUAUUAGAGAAAAUUAUAGUUUCCAAUUUUUUGCGUUUUUUUAAACGAAAGUUUAUGCUUUUCAAAGAUUUGCCAGACGAGAAAGAAAUAUAUCUUUAAAAAAAAUUUUUUUCUAUCCACAGUAACUAGUUCUGUUCAGUCCGCAACACAGUCAAUGUUCCUUUGAACGGCGUCGGCUUUGAGGAUGGUGACUAUUUCGCGAUGAUGCAGCUCGUUGUUCUGCCCAUGAUUACGGACUUUUCUCCGGAUCUGAUCAUUGUGUCUUGUGGCUUCGACGCAGCUUUAGGUAUGUCUUUGCCGAAGAAUUUCUCAAACAAAUACGAUGAUUUUAAUUUUGUUAUUUUUCCAAGAUUCUCAUUUUUCUUUCAAAUUAUAAAGUUUUAACAUUUUUGAAAAAACAAAAAGAAGAAAGAAAGAAAGGUUUGAUAUUUUUCCAGGAGAUCCCGAGGGUCACAUGAAAGUGACGCCUGCUGGUUACGCUAACAUGACGAGGAUGUUGCAGAACACGGGAAUCCCCAUGGCCGUCAUUCUCGAGGGCGGGUACGUGCUUGAUUUCUUUUCCAAAGAGUGACCAUCGAUUUUGCAGCUACUUCCUUCCUUCUGUGGAAACGGAUGCCCUUUUUGUAGUUCGUGCACUGUUGGACGAAUACGUUCCGCCUGUCGAGGUGAAUCCAGUUUAUUUGACGUUCACAUGUAAAGCCAAGAGAAUGAUCCUCUAAAAACAUUGCCAAUUGAAACUUCUGUGUUUUCAAAAUCUAUUUCAUUUUUAAUUGAUAUUUUUUUUUUUUUGCUAUUAGUUCAUUCACCUCUGGCUAUUAAUGAAGGUCCAGAUAUUAUUAGCUAAAACUGAUUUUUUUUUUCCCAAGUUAGCGAUAAGUUUGUAAUAUCAUUCUUCUUUUGAGACAGUGCUGACUUUACCAGAAUCUUUGCAAAUGAGCUUCCUCUGUCUAGGAGUUGUCUCCGAUGAGAAAAGAACUGACCGACGUGAUUCGACGCAUUUAUAAGUUCUAUAAGGACGACUAUCCUACAUUUUCGUCGCUCGGGUCACUUUGCGACAAACUCUCCAAGUUUGCCUUCAAGGUUUGAAUUUCUUUCCGAGGGUUCUGCUAAAAUGCGGAGAUUCAGGACGAGAAAGAGUAUCGCGGCGAAAGGAACCAAAAGCCACCGUACGCAACUCGGUCUGAUCACCCCAAGAUUGACGAAGAAGCGCUCAAAGCGGCUCACCAAAAAAUUCUUCAUCUCCGUGGUGCCUACGAAAAAGAUCUUAAGAAAAGUUCUUCAUAUCGGGUUAUUUAUUUAUAGAAGAGCCUUUUCAAUACCUUACCUUUACAGAAAUUAAAAACUCGGGUUCAAAAAGACACAAGCAAGCUUCUGUCUCUGGAUGGAGAAGUUGUAGUUGUCAAUGAAGACGUGUUUCCAAUAGUCAAAUUAACGGUUAGUUUUUUUUGAUCGUGAAACGUUCAGUGAUAAGUAGUUUUUAUAGAGGUUUUUUGAAUGUUGAUUAUUUCUUUUCGUCGUCAAAAUAUAUCGAUUAGCUCUGCGAAUUUCCUUGCUUCCGGCAGAAAUCUCGAUUCGCUUCCGAAUCCUUUUUUUAUAUGCUGGUCACCUCAUUAGUUCACAUUUCAAAUGGAAACCAGCUGUGAAAGUAGUAUGAGAAAAAUUUCCGUUUUUUUUUUUAAAUCUACCCAUCGUUUCAAAUUUUUUCGAAGCCAGCAAUUAAUAGACUUUGAAAGCAAUACUUAUCGAUUUCAUUGAAGUAAAGCAACAUCGACUUCAUUGAAGUAAAUUUACCAUAUUAUCUCUCGCACAGCAUGAAAACAAAUAUGGUCUAGUUGGGAAUACAGCAGAAUAGUCCUUGCAUUCCAGUUGUUAUCGGCGGUGGAUCCUCUCUACGCCGCUGAAGGCCGUCGAAAAUAUAUCCAGAACGGAAAAUUGUCGGAGAAAACGCUGGAACAGCUCGCCGCCGACAUGGAGGACUUUCGUAGACACGAGCUUUUCACGGCCGCUCCUGUAUAUCAGUUUUAA